UGGCGGCGCGGUCACGUGACGCGGCCGAGCGGGCCUCCAAGAUGGCGGUGUGCGUGGCGGUGAUCGCUAAGGAGAAUUAUCCUCUUUACAUCCGCAGCAUCCCCACCGAGAAUGAGCUGAAGUUCCACUACAUGGUGCAUACAUCCCUGGACGUGGUGGACGAGAAGAUCUCUGCCAUGGGGAAGGCCUUGGUGGACCAGAGGGAGCUCUACCUGGGCCUGCUGUACCCCACAGAGGACUACAAGGUGUAUGGCUACGUGACAAACUCCAAGGUGAAGUUUGUCAUGGUCGUGGAUUCCUCCAAUACAGCGCUUCGAGACAAUGAGAUCCGCAGUAUGUUCCGGAAGCUGCACAAUUCCUACACGGAUGUGAUGUGCAAUCCCUUCUACAACCCCGGGGACCGCAUUCAGUCCAGGGCCUUCGAUAGCAUGGUGACGUCCAUGAUGAUCCAGGUGUGCUGAGCGAGCUCCCUGCUGCCGUGCUGGAGAGGCCCUGUGGGCAUAACUGUACUGCUCCGAUGGAGAUUCAUGAUCAUUUGCCUAUUCCUGAGUGCCACAGACGGGCUGCCUGGGGGCAAGGUCUCAGGCACGGGUGCGUGCAGACUAAAGGUCCUCUGAGAUUA